GCCGCGCCGUUGCCAUGGCAACAGCAGCCGGAGCGCCGCGGCCCGGAUUGUCCCGCGCGGCGGCCCGUUGCGCGGUGCAUUGUGGGCCGGGGAAGAUGGCCGCCUCCGUGCCGUGGCGGUGAGCGGAGUCGGGCUGCCCGGUGCCGCGGGACGACUCUCCCUUCCCCUGCCGCCUCUCUCCUCCCCGCCUGCUCCCGCUCCGCAGCUCGCCCGUCCGCGCUUGGCCUGCCCGUGUGCGAGGGAGCCGGGAGGCGCGAUGGGCCGGGCGCGGCUGCCGCCGCAGCGAGCGCAGGGCCCGCGGGGCUGAGGCGCCAGGGGAGGCCCGGGGCUCGGUCCCCGCCGGCUCCGGGGCCUGCCGCGGGGCCAGCAGACAGCGCCUCCCGCGGGGCCCGGCCGGGGCUGCCGUACGCGGGCAGCGGAGGGAGAGGAACGUCGCCGGUGGGAGCGCUCCUUGCCCCGGGCGCGUCCUUACCUGCACACCUGGCAGAGGAGCCUCCCCUCUGCCCUUGCCCCGUCCUCCCUCCUCGGCCCCGCUGCCUGCGGGACUGGACACUGCUGCUCACUUGUUGCCUGGCGCUUGCCCUCCGAUGGAGUCUGAGAUGCUGCAGUCGCCUCUUCUGGGGCUCGGGGAGGAGGAUGAGUCUGACCUGACCGACUGGAACUUGCCUCUGGCUUUCAUGAAGAAAAGGCAUUGCGAGAAGAUCGAAGGCUCCAAAUCUUUGGCUCAGAGCUGGAGGAUGAAGGACCGGAUGAAGACUGUUAGUGUUGCCUUAGUUUUGUGCCUAAACGUCGGUGUGGACCCUCCUGAUGUGGUGAAAACAACUCCCUGUGCCCGACUGGAGUGCUGGAUUGAUCCUCUGUCAAUGGGUCCUCAGAAAGCUCUGGAAACCAUUGGUGCAAAUUUACAGAAGCAGUAUGAGAACUGGCAGCCAAGAGCCAGGUACAAGCAGAGCCUGGACCCUACGGUGGACGAAGUGAAGAAGCUGUGUACGUCCCUGCGGCGCAACGCCAAGGAAGAGCGGGUUCUUUUCCACUACAACGGACAUGGUGUCCCCAGGCCAACAGUGAAUGGGGAGAUCUGGGUCUUCAACAAGAACUAUACCCAGUAUAUUCCCCUGUCCAUAUACGACCUGCAGACCUGGAUGGGCAGCCCAUCCAUUUUCGUCUACGAUUGCUCUAACGCUGGCCUUAUCGUCAAGUCGUUCAAGCAAUUUGCACUACAGAGGGAGCAAGAGUUGGAGGUAGCUGCGAUUAACCCAAACCACCCGCUUGCUCAGAUGCCUUUGCCACCUUCCAUGAAGAACUGCAUUCAGCUGGCAGCCUGUGAAGCCAACGAGCUGCUGCCCAUGAUCCCUGAUCUGCCAGCUGACCUCUUCACAUCAUGCCUUACUACCCCCAUCAAAAUUGCUCUGAGAUGGUUCUGUAUGCAGAAGAGUGUCAGGCUGGUGCCAGGAGUCACACUGGAUUUAAUAGAGAAGAUUCCUGGAAGGCUGAAUGAUAGGAGAACUCCACUGGGAGAGCUGAACUGGAUCUUCACUGCUAUCACAGACACCAUUGCAUGGAACGUGCUGCCAAGAGAUCUUUUCCAGAAGCUCUUCAGGCAAGACCUGCUUGUGGCCAGCUUAUUCCGUAACUUCCUCCUAGCAGAAAGAAUCAUGAGGUCCUACAACUGCACCCCUGUCAGCAGCCCUCGGCUACCUCCCACCUACAUGCAUGCCAUGUGGCAAGCCUGGGACCUUGCAGUCGACAUUUGCCUUUCCCAGUUACCUACCAUUAUAGAGGAAGGAACAGCCUUUAGGCACAGCCCCUUCUUCGCAGAGCAGCUGACAGCUUUCCAGGUGUGGCUGACCAUGGGCGUGGAGAACCGCAACCCCCCGGAGCAGCUGCCCAUCGUGCUGCAGGUGCUGCUGAGCCAGGUGCAUCGGCUGCGAGCUCUUGAUUUGCUGGGAAGAUUUUUGGACCUGGGCCCCUGGGCAGUGAGCUUGGCCCUGUCUGUUGGCAUAUUCCCAUAUGUGCUGAAGCUACUUCAAAGUUCAGCUCGUGAGUUGAGACCACUCCUUGUCUUCAUCUGGGCCAAAAUCCUGGCAGUGGACAGUUCAUGCCAAGCUGACCUUGUGAAGGACAACGGCCACAAGUAUUUCCUCUCAGUUCUGGCAGAUCCUUAUAUGCCAGCUGAGCACAGGACAAUGACUGCUUUUAUCCUGGCUGUGAUUGUUAACAACUACACCACUGGGCAGGAAGCUUGCCUUCAAGGAAACCUGAUUGCUAUUUGCCUGGAGCAGCUGAAUGAUCCACAUCCCCUCCUGCGUCAGUGGGUGGCCAUUUGUCUGGGCCGUAUUUGGCAGAACUUUGACUCAGCCAGGUGGUGUGGUGUGAGAGACAGUGCCCAUGAGAAGCUCUACAGCCUCCUCUCAGAUCCCAUCCCAGAGGUUCGCUGCGCCGCAGUCUUUGCGCUGGGAACCUUUGUGGGCAACUCAGCCGAGCGGACAGAUCACUCCACCACCAUCGAUCACAACGUAGCCAUGAUGCUGGCACAGCUCAUCAAUGAUGGCAGCCCCAUGGUCAGAAAGGAGCUGGUGGUGGCUCUCAGUCACUUGGUGGUUCAGUAUGAGAGCAAUUUCUGCACUGUCGCCUUACAGUUCAUGGAAGAAGAGAAGAAUUACCCUCUCCCUUCUCCGGCUGCCACAGAGGGAGGGAGUUUGACACCGGUGCGAGAUGGUCCUUGUACACCCAGGCUGCGAUCUGUCAGCUCCUACGGGAACAUCCGAGCGGUUACCACAGCUAGGAACCUCAACAAGUCCUUGCAGAACCUCAGCCUGAAUGAAGAAUCUGGAAGCUCUGUUGCGUUUUCUCCUGGGAACCUCAGCACCAGCAGCAGUGCCAGCAGCACCUUGGGCAGCCCUGAGAACGAGGAGUACAUCCUGUCCUUCGAGACUAUUGACAAGAUGAGAAGAGUCAGCUCUUACUCUUCUCUCAAUUCACUAAUAGGUGUGAGUUUCAACAGUGUUUACACCCAAAUUUGGAGAGUCCUCCUGCACCUAGCUGCCGACCCCUAUCCUGAUGUCUCCGACUUGGCCAUGAAAGUUCUCAACAGCAUAGCCUACAAGGCAACAGUAAAUGCUCGUCCCCAGCGCAUCCUCGACACCUCCUCACUGACUCAGUCUGCCCCAGCCAGCCCCACCAACAAGGGCAUGCACAUCCACCAAGUGGGAGGGUCACCUCCAACUACCAGUACGAGCAGCUCCAGCCUGACAAACGAUGUGACAAAGCAACCAGUCAGUCGGGACAUCACAUCUGUGAGACCUGCCAAUGUUGGCAACAUGGGGGUCCAGUAUACUCCACACUCCCACCAGUUCCCCAGGACAAGGAAAAUGUUUGACAAAGGGCCAGAACAGACGACAGACGACACCGAUGACACCGUGGGACACAAAAGCUUCAUUUCAGCCACAGUGCAGACAGGGUUUUGUGACUGGAGUGCCAAGUACUUCGCUCAGCCAGUGAUGAAGAUCCCAGAAGAGCAUGACUUGGAGAGCCAGAUCCGCAAGGAGAGGGAGUGGCGGUUCCUGCGCAACGCUCGAGUCAGGAAGCAAGCCCAGAAGAUCAUCCAGAAGGGUAUUUCCCGGCUGGAUGAUCAAAUCUUCCUCAACAGGAACCCAGGUGUCCCCUCCGUGGUGAAGUUCCACCCUUUCACACCCUGCAUCGCCGUAGCCGACAAGGACAGCAUCUGUUUUUGGGACUGGGAGAAAGGGGAAAAGCUGGACUAUUUCCACAAUGGGAACCCUCGCUACACCAGGAUCACAGCAAUGGAGUACCUGAAUGGACAGGACUGCUCCUUGCUGCUGACUGCCACAGAUGAUGGUGCCAUCAGGGUGUGGAAGAACUUUGCAGACCUGGAGAAGAACCCAGAGAUGGUAACUGCCUGGCAGGGGCUGUCAGACAUGCUGCCAACUACACGAGGUCUGGCCCGAAGGGUUUCAAUCUAUCUUGACAGAAGUAAGCAGGGAGGAGCAGGAAUGGUGGUCGACUGGGAACAAGAAACCGGGCUCCUGAUGACAUCAGGAGAUGUGAGGAUAAUCAGGAUCUGGGACACAGACCGGGAAAUGAAAGUACAGGAUAUCCCCACUGGAGCUGACAGCUGUGUGACCAGCCUCUCGUGUGACUCGCACCGCUCUCUAAUCGUGGCAGGGCUGGGUGAUGGCUCCAUUCGUGUCUUUGACAGGAGGAUGGCUCUGAGCGAGUGCCGUGUCAUGACCUACCGAGAGCACACAGCCUGGGUGGUGAAAGCCUACUUGCAGAAGCAUCCUGAAGGCAACAUCAUGAGUGUCAGUGUGAACGGAGAUGUGCGGUUCUUUGACCCCCGGAUGCCAGAGUCCAUGAAGGUCCUUCAGAUAGUCAAAGGGCUGACAGCCCUUGACAUUCACCCACAAGCCAACCUCUUUGCAUGUGGCUCAAUGAAUCAGUUCACUGCAAUCUACAAUGGCAAUGGGGAGCUGAUCAACAACAUCAAAUACUACGAUGGUUUCAUGGGACAGAGAGUUGGAGCCAUCAGCUGCCUGGCUUUCCAUCCUCACUGGCCUCAUCUGGCAGUCGGCAGCAAUGACUACUACAUCUCGGUGUACUCAGUGGAGAAGAGGAUCAGAUAACGGCUGGUGGCAGUGGCACUGGAGAAGGGCGUCCCAGCGGGCAGGGCCGUGGCUCACCCACCCUGUACAUAGUGAAAUUAUCGACUUGAAUGUUUAGUGUUGGCUGCUGCUGCAACCCAUAACUUGAACACUUUUGUUCUGACUUAGCUACUGAUGGUUUUGACAAGGGGAAGAGAGACAAUCUCCUUUGUUCUUUUUUUUUUGUCGUUGCUCUGUUUUGUUUUGUUGGGUUUUUUUUUUCCCCAGCUAUAUCCUCUAAAAGCUACAGACAAGGAACUUUUUCUUUUCAUUCCCAGUGGUUGGCUUCUCCAUUAGAAACACAGCUCCUGGGCAUGGAGGGACUGGAUGAGGCAAUGCCCUUGCAAAAGGGCUUUCUUGGCUGAGCCUUUGUUUCUUUGUUUGGCUGGAGCGUAGGAAGUCAGGACUCGCCUACAGCUCUCUGCGUUCGGCCAGACCACAGGACCCCUCCAGCUGCUGCCUACCCUCUGCCAGAGAGGAAUUCCUGCACCUGAGCUGUCCACCUGCACAGCAACCUGUGUGCUUCUGCACUGCCUGAGCGUGGGCAAGGCAGGCAGGAGAGUGUCUCCCCUGCAUGAACCUCGUCCUCUGCAGCAUCCUCUCCAGUGGAAGCAAGGACAGAAGGCAACUGGUGGCAAGGAGAGGCUGGAACCUUGAGGAGAUGACAGGAGCAGGGCAGGAUGCCACUAUACAGUUGCACAUACAAGAAGAGGGAAGAAAGAGAACGAGCAUCUCUGACGUCCCCACAAGCCUGGAACAAGUCACUCAGUAAGCACUUUCCACUCAAGCACACAGUGCUGGUGGCGAGGUUUGGGCUAUCUCAGUCACUGUUACUUCUGCAGUCAGUUGCCCUUCUGCCCAUGGUGAACUCCACAAACACGUUGUGAUGGUUUAGGCUCUUACUUGACAGCCUAGGAGCUCUACCUGGACAGUGAGAGAGGCUCCAGGCCCAAGCCACAGGCUUUCAUUUGCUCACAUGUGAUUCUUACUCAGCAAGGUGAUGGUCAGGAGAAUUUGCACACUUGCUGCUGUGUGUCUGCAGCUGCACACUCUGUGCAGAUCUGCCUGUGGCUUCUCUGUUGUCCCUGCAGAACUGGGUUUGUAACCACACACGGUCUGAGCACAAGAGAAUCACUGAAGAGAGGAAAGGCAGUAGGUCAUCCUGCUUGGAGCAGAACAGCUUUGACCCAGCUGUCUAGGGGAAAGCCUGCUCCAUCUUUUGCACCUUCUGUCCCUUCAGUUCUGCCCUGGGUCUGGAGAUGGGUGUGGGGAAGGGAGAGGCAAAGCCAGAGGGCAGGUUUCUUUCAAGCUCCCUCGAAGUGCAAUUUAGCUGGCCAAGAGCAGAACUUGCACUGUGCAAACAUCGCUGUGGUGACAAAGGGUGACCUGCUGAGUCCAGAAGUCCCCAGUUUUGAUUCUAGCUGGUAUCACAGGGGCUGCAGGCCCCCAGCAAACUCCACUGGUGAUGGCACUGACACUUCACUGACACUGAAGGAAGUACUGAAGAGGAAAGGGGUGAGAAACAUUCUCUCCCUGUGCUGGUGGCAGCUUCACCUCUGCCAUGGCGCCUGUGGAGCACAUCUGACCUGUCACUGCUCCUUGUACACCAGAAAACUGCUUCCUAUACGUGUAGAGACACGUGGGGGUUGUGGAGGUGGCCUGGUGGCUGUCCCAGGCUCACUGCAGGGCAUCCCGACCUGAAGUGCUGCCUGCUCAUCUGCAUGCUGGCUGUGCUGAGGGUCAUUGAGCCAUGGAGGUGGAGCAGAUGCUGACGGUUGGGUGCUGUGUCCUUAACCCUGAGCGCCAUCGCUGCCUGCCCCUGUAAGCAGGAAGGCUGAGGGCCACAUCACAGGGGGAUGAAUCAGAGGCUAAAAACUACCUAAAAAAGUCCACUUUGAAGUUACCAAAAGUUAAUUAUGAUCUAACAGAGCUGUGCCUCUUCCCAACCCGCUCCUGCCGUUGGGACAGCCAUCAAAGCCACCAAGAUGUGGGUGGUCACAUCCUUGGCUUCAUAGACAUGGCAGCACUGAGCAUCUGCCUGGGCACCGGGGGGGGGUGGUUAAAUGGCACACGGCACCUGAAGGGCUCAGCACCACUGGGGACCAUCUUCCACGCAGGGUUUCAUUUCUGCUGCCCUGGCAUCGUUCUCGGCGGUGUGCAGCUCCUCCACCCUGCCCGUGCCAGGGGCUGGCAAGUGCAGAGCUGGAGUUUUGGGGUCUGCACGUAACUGAUUAACUUAAACACAGCUUAAAAACAAACCCCCAACCGACAAACAGAAAUCAAACCACCACAGUAGGUUUUUAACUUGUAUCAGUGUACUCACAAAAGGAACAAGAAGAACCUGGCACAGUGCAAAGCUGAGCGGUGGGGGAAGCUGCUGCUCCUCGCCAGCUGAGGUCCCCCUUCCCCCCCCCCCACCUCGGCCAGGAGGUGGUUUUUAACUCUACUCGACCUGUUUAGCUUUCAUCUUUGAAGCUUGUGCUUGUGGGCUGCGUUUUCACAGGUCUUGACGGCAGAGAUUCAAUCAUGGAGUUGAACCCAAGGAUCUGGAGAACAUCCCUACCUAAAAAAUAAAUAAGUAAAUAAAUAAAUAAAUUUCACUUCUCUCUAUUUAUUUUACAAAAAAUAAAUUUAAACAAAAAAAAAAGCAAUUAAAAAUAAAGUUAAAAAAAAAAAAAAAAACCCAAACACAUCCUCCCCUUCCCCUCACCCCCACCCCCAAACCACAGCAAGCAAACCCACACGAUUGUAAUGUGAGAGUAAAACAAUUACAGAUAAAUGGUUAAUAAAAAAUAAAUGCAGAAACAA